GAUGGAUUACAACUUAGUGAAGGAUGGAAAUAGAUAAGGUCAUGGAUCCUGUUAAACUUUAAUCAAAUGAAUUCAUCGUAUGGUUAUGGAUUGAUAGUUAACAUUACUCAAGUUCCAAAUGAAAAGCAGGCGGCUAUAGUUCCACCAUCUCCAGACAGCUUUGAUUUCAUCCUUCGGAAAUAUGCAUAUCCGAUUAUAAUAAUUUUGGGAUUCCUAGGAAAUACGAUUUCAGCAUUUGUGUUUCUUAAUCCACAACUACGUCGAUACUCAUGCAAUAUUUUCUUAGCUACAAGAUCUCUCUCUGAUAAUGGUGUUCUUUUUAGCUUACUAGUUGCAUGGCUAGAUUUCAUAUAUGUUCGAAUAUUUCAUGUUCCUGUUGUUUGUCAGUUAACUGUGUUUUUAUCAUACAUCUGCAGUUUUCUGUCUGUAUGGUGCAUUGUCUGCGUGACAAUUGACAACUAUAUUCGAAUGUGUUAUCCAUCCAUAGUUAAUUUGUAUUGUAAGUCUAAGUAUGCUUUUGUGAUUCUUUCAGUUCUGAUUACCAUAUCUUUAGGUAUUUAUAAUAUCCCCUUGUGGACAACACAUGUAACAGUCAUUGCAGGAAACUAUUAUUGUUGGCCUAAACAAGAACAUAUAGAUCUUUUGUAUAUCUUAACGUAUGUCGACACGGCCUUGACCUUUGUCUUUCCAUUAUCCGCCAUUUUGAUUUGUAUGUCCCUUCUUAUUUGUAAAGCAGUACGUUCUCAUCAAAGAUCCACAACAUGUCGUGAACGUUACAGCUUAAGGACGUGGCCAUCCAGCACAAGCCACUAUCUUAAAGUUACAAAACUUCUUUUUGCUGUGUCUGUAACAUUUUUAAUUCUUCAUUCACCAACUCACGUGAUCAAACUGAAGAGUGUAAUAGAAGCAUUUGCAGGAAAUCCACAACAACUGUCGGGAGUGGUAAAGACCUUGAAUUAUGUGUUUCAAGUUAUGUAUUGUUUAAACUUUGCGGUAAACUUUAUAGUUUACUACACCUUUGGAAACAAUUUUAGACAAAUAGUUGCAAAGUCCUUUAGUAGUGUAUCUAACUGUAAAAUAUUAAACAAGAAGUCACGUGACAGUAUUCCAUCAGCAGACACAAUGUCGGCAGAUAUUCUGGAACAAGAUUCAAUGUUGUAAUUAUUUUCAUUUUGGCAGAAUGAAACAUUCUGAACAAAUUUACAAUUCUUUAUGUAUGUAUUUAAUUAUUAAAAAAAAC